AUGGAAUUAAUAUCUGCAAUUCAAUUUCAACCUUUUGAAAAAGUCAAACAAAUUGCUGAAUCUAUGAAAAUUCUUGAGAAUUCAGAAUAUUUGGACUAUCAUGCAUUGAAUUUAGCUCUUGGAUUAAGUCGCAAACGUACAGCUAAUUAUUUAAUUAGUAAAAAUUGCAGAGUAAAUAUAGAAUCAAAGAAACGUGAAAAUACUCCUUUGCAUAAUGCUAUAGAAUUUAUAGGUGAUGAACAAAUUGUUUCUGACCUUUUAAAGAAUAAAGCUUCCAUCAUAGCUAUAAAUCAUGAAGGCAAUACUCCAUUACACAUGGCUUUUUUAAAAAGAUAUGGCAAAAUAACUGAACUUAUAUUAAAUGCCAUAUUUGUACAUACAUACUAUGGGUAUGAGAAUAUUAAAAACAAGCAAGAUCUCACUCAUAUCCAUAUUGCUUGUACGAUGGACAACGAAAGAUUGGUACAGUUGUUCUUGAAUGUUGGAGCAAAUAUUAACGAUGCAGUUAACAAAGUCUCUCCUUAUUAUCCUGGCUACACAGCAAUGCAUUUUGCUGCUAAAAACAAUUGUAUUAAUGUAAUAAAACUUCUUAUGAAUCGUGGAAGUGUAAAAAUAAUUAGUCAGGGUGCAGACAGUGAAAAUAGAACACCAGCUCAACUGGUGUUCGAGAAUCUGAAGAACUUGCAAGUAUCAUUUUAUCAUAUGACCAUGCAAAACAAGAAUGACAAAUCAGGCUACUACAAACAUUUAUCUCAAUUUCAUGUGGCAUGCUUAUGUGAUUAUCCAGAUUUUGUUGAAAAUUUUAUUUUACAUGGUGCUGAUAUAAAUACUCCUAUUCAAUCAGAAGCUACAUUUUGCCCUGGAUACACACCAUUACAUUGUGCUGUAGAGAGUAACUGCAAAAAAAAUGUUGAAAUACUACUUCAGAAAGGAGCAAACAUUGAUCAAUUGAACUAUUACAACAUGACACCAUUACACUUGGCACUGUAUAAUGAGGAUCCCAAUGACAAUAAUACAAUCCUAGAUUUAUUAUAUGCUGCUGUAAAAGAUAAAAAUAAAAAUAUUGUUGAUUUGAAUGGCCUGAGCUACAUGCAAAUUGCAGUAACAAGAGAUGACAGAGAGACCGUGAAGAUAUUCCUUAAAAAUGACAAAGCUAUUGUGAACCAUACAGUUAUGUACAAUCUUCGUAAUUUUUCUGGUUUUACAGCAUUACAUUUUGCUGUGAAAUACAAGCAUUUGAAAAUGGCAAAAUUAUUGAUAGAAAAUGGUGCUGAUGUGAACAGUAACGAUAACUUUGAGCAUGGUACUCCUUUACAUUUAGCAUUUGAAAUUUGUCAUCGACAGCUUAUCGAGCUUCUUUUGGAACAUGGUGCUAAAGCGGAUAUAUUACGAAUUGCCGACAAUAAAUCGAUGCUUCAUUUGUUGAUAGAAAAUUACGUUAAUAAAGCAGAAGCACAUGCAUUAGUCCAGAUGUGUAUUAACAACAAAGAAGCGAACUUUAAUGAGUACUAUGACCCAAAACGAGUUUUGGCUAAGUAUGUUGAGCGAUUGGUCAGCUUGGGAUGCAAUGUCAAUGAAAUAGAGAGCAAAAAUGGAAAUACUGCAAUGCAUUUGGUGUGUAGCGAAGACUAUGAUGACGGGCCUUACGCUGAAGAACUUUUGAAAUUUGGUGCAGACAUAAAUAUUGAAAACUUCUAUGGACAAACCCCAUUUCAAAUGGCUAUAGAUCGGAAUUUCAGUUACUACAUGUUGUUGUUUCAUCACGUUCAGAAUCUAAAGGCUUUGGAACUCGAAGUCAACCCAAAAAAUGAGAAAUGCUGUAAUGAAGUUUUAAAAAAUUAUUAUUUUUCUUUCAGCGAUAAGGAUAUUGUACGUAAACAUCAACAGAGACUAAACGAAAUCGAAAACAUGAAAACUUUUAUGCUCGACCAAAAGGUUUCUUUGUAUGACUUUGUGCGAUUUAAGGUAACUCUUGCAGUUGUUUACGUUUUUAAAAAGCCGCUGAUAAAGCUUUUUGAAGAAAAAGAUACAAAAGAAUUGGAUGAGAAAUAUCCCACAUACGCUUAUCUGAUUAAGUUACGCUAUCGUAAAACCGUUGAGUACUUUAUGAUUAAUGGAGCGCCAAAGAAAAUCCGUGGUGUUCUUGUAAAGAAAACUGGUAGAGGAAAAAUUCGUAAAUGA